CUUUACUCGCAGACGGAGGGUUCGACCUCAGACAGUGGGCCAGUAAUCAACCUUCAGUGGUAGCUCAUCUUCCGACUGAGGCUAGGUCCUCUGCUACAGAGCAAUGGCUGAGCCAAAACAGGACAGACCCGCUAGAGCCGGCCUUGGGUCUUAAGUGGAACUGUGCUGCUGACACCCUUGGCUAUCAAUAUCGUCCCAUUCAACAUGCAGCGUUGACCAUGAGGACAGCAUAUCAGGUACUGGCCAGCCAAUAUGAUCCUUUGGGGUUCAUUGUGCCUUUCACUACACGUGCCAAGGUACUCAUUCAGCAGCUGUGGUCCAAACAGAGAGGCUGGGAUGACCCGGACCUGCCCACAGGCCUCCAACAAGCCUGGGAAACAUGGGAAAAAGAGCUACAGCACCUCAGCACGGUAUCCAUUCCCCGAUGUUACUCGCCAGUCUCUGUGGAAGAGGCGGACGCAGAGUACGAACUCCAUGUCUUCUGCGACGCGUCCGAGAGAGCAUAUGGAGCGGUGGCCUACCUCACAGUACAGGUAGCAGGCGACAUUCACACAUCCUUUGUGAUGGCUAGGUCACGAGUAGCCCCCAAGAGGCAACAGACCAUACCACGCUUGGAGCUCUGCGCUGCGCUAGCAGGAGCUCAAUUGGCCAAGCUGGUAGAGACCGAGAUCACGCUCACUAUCCGUCAGACAAUCCUCUGGACUGACUCCACCACGGUACUGGAAUGGCUCCAAUCAGACUCUUGUAGAUAUAAGGUGUUCGUCGGAACCCGCGUAUCUGAGAUUCAGGAACUUACUGAUCGACAAGCCUGGAGGUACGUGGACACCCGGAGCAACCCAGCCGACGAUAUAACCCGGGGUAAGACUCUCUUGGAGCUGAUGGAGCCAGGUCGUUGGAGUCAAGGGCCGCCGUUCCUAAAGCAGAGCACUGAACACUGGCCAAAGAAGCCUGAGCAGACUACAGCAGUGACUUCAACCGAACUAAAGGGCAUCACAUUCUGCGGCCUCACAACAGUGGAACCUAAUGACAAUCUUCCUGAUGCUGCUCAGUUCAGUAUGUGGACCGACCUGGUGGAAGCCACUCGCCAAGCAAGCCAGAAGGCUCAAGGGGCGGCCCAGGGUUUGAGAAAUCACCAAGCUGCAAACCCUCAGGAAGCGGAGACCCUUCUGCUGAGGAGGUCUCAAGCCCAUAGCUUCCCAGAGGAGGUCACCGCUCUCAAAGCACAGAAACCUGUGCCAAACCACAGUCGCCUGGUGAGCCUGGCCCCAGAAUGGGACCCUUUAACCUGUUUGGUUCGAGUAGGAGGGAGGCUGCGAAGGUUGCAGAACACAAGCCUGGGAGAGAUCCAUCCGAUUGUUCUCGAUCCAAAGCACCCAGCAACAAAACUCCUUAUCAAACACAUGGAUGAACGUCUGCUACAUCCAGGUACGGAGCGGGUGUAUGCAGAAUUACGAAGGCAGUAUUGGAUCUUGCGAGGACGACAAGCUGUUAGACAACAUCAACUCAAGUGUCCAUCCUGUCAACGCUGGCGAGCUCAACCUAAGGUCCCGCAGAUGGCGGACCUGCCACCACAGCGCCUGCGGCUUCUCUGCCCACCUUUCUAUUCAACAGGCGUCGACUGUUUUGGCCCUUACCUGGUCAAAAUAGGCAGGAGGACGGAGAAGCGCUGGGGCGCCAUCUUUAAGUGUCUCACAACCCGCGGCAUCCACAUAGAACUUCUCAACUCUCUGGAUGUAGACGCCUUCCUUCUUGCUCUUCGGCGGUUCAUCGCGAGGCGAGGCAGACCGAAAGAGUUACUCUCCGACUGCGGUACUAAUUUCCGUGGUGCUGAACGGGAACUUCGUGAGGCUUUCGCAGCCAUGGAACCACGGCUGAAGGAACACCUGACGGAGUACCAGAUCGACUUCAAGUUCAACCCACCUAGUGCCCCCCACUUUGGUGGAGUAUGGGAAAGAGAGGUCCGUUCCAUAAAGGCCGGCCUUCAAGUGGCAGUUGGGAGCCAGUCAGUCUCUGAAGAUGUCCUCCACACAACCUUAGUAGAGGUCGAAGGGAUCCUCAACUCAAAACCGCUAGGGUACGUGUCAACUGAUGUCGCUGACCCGGACCCCAUCACUCCUAACAUCCUGCUCAUGGGGCGGCGGGAUGCCUCACUGCCUCAGGUUGCCUAUGCUCCAGCAUGCAUAGGAAGACGGAGAUGGCGACAUUGUCAAGCACUUGUGGACCAGUUUUGGAUCCAGUUCACACGGAACUAUUUGCCCACUCUUCAAACACGGCAGAAAUGGCAGAAGGCCGUUAACAACAUUGCUGUUGACGCGGUCGUUCUGAUCGUUGACCCAUCGCUUCCCAGAGCUCAGUGGCCGAUCGGGAAGGUUUGUAAGACAGUCUCCAGUCACGACGGAUGUAUCAGGACUGCAGAGGUCUUGGUGAACGGUAAGGUCUACACCAGACCGGUAGCUCGUCUAAUCCAGCUCCCUGAGUUCAAGGAUGAUGCUAAUGCUGCAUGAAGAAUUCCCGUUAUUACACAUUUGCUGUUCAAAUGUGGGGGCGGCUGUUGUGAAUUCUUCACGGGAGAAUGUCGAUGCUUUUAUUUUGAAGUUUUAUUUUGACAGCGCAUGUUGUUUCCGCUUCCGGUACCGCGAAUACACGCUACGCGACACGGACAGUAGAUCCGUUAGAUCGAGUCAUUGAUGAUAAACUCCAUCCAUCUUUACGGUCAUCUUACUGUCCACUAUGUAACUCCUUCUGUCAACUAAUCUGUAAGCCUACAACGGGUAAAUACAGAAGGGUAUAAAACAA